GACCGUGGCACAAAAUCUGGUUUUUAUUUACACCUGUACGCUUAUGCCUUGAACGUAAACAAAGCAGGCAGUGAUUGGUGUGGCGUUUUUUCCUAAAUUUUGUGGCAGUCUUUCUUACUCUGUCGAAGUGUCAACUUAAUCAUAAAAACCACGGUCGGUUCCCGAUGGAUAACGGACCGGAAAGCCCUUCCGUCAAGGAUGGAACACCGACAGCGCUUGCAGCUGAAGAAAUUUCACCCGCUCGAAGAUGCCCCCAGGAGGGUGGAGAUUGUGGCACAUGCGGAGAACCACGGCAACUGACCAUCGGUCUUGCGGAGAAGAUUAAUCAGGUGUUCGAGAACCGUUUACGGCUGGUCGAGCAGGAAACUGAGGAUCCUCGUUACAAGAUUAAAGUCUACCAAGACUGGGUUCGAGAGUUGCGCUCCAUCAAUAUCGGUGUGGUAGAAGCGAUCAAAGCGAUGCAAGAUUCAUGUCAACGGCAGUUGAGUCGCAUGAGCGAAACCUACAAACGAAAUUUGACUAGAUUUGGUCCAGAAACACAAGCACGCUUAAUGAAUGAUAGAGAUGGAUUGGUGGAAGUUAUAAGAAGAGCUCACACGUCAGGUCGGUGGGAUAUCGAAGGAAUACAUUUUCUGGACCUAAGUAUCGACGAUAUUUUCGGUAAAAAAACUGAAGGAGACGCGGAGCUGAAUCCAGUGGUUCCGUCAAAUUGUCCCACCGAUGAAUUGUUGGAAACUGAUAUUGUUAGACGAGAAUCUAUGGCAGAACAAAAGAACAUUGAUGAGCUGCAAUUUGCGACAGAACUUGCCUACAGCUCCGAGGAAUGUGACGUUUGCAAUAGAGAUUGCUUGCAGAACUUGCGCCAACAUAUCAGCCAGAAAAAUGAUGAACUGGAACAAAAGACGUUACAAAUCGAUUGUCUAUGUAAGCAAAUAGAGACAAUGAAAAGCAAUUUCGAAAAUGCACAAACAAUUUCGCAGCCUGAUUCUGAGCAGAGUCGUUCACUUAUUGAAAACAAAAUUGAGGACUUGAAUGAACCGAAUUGGAAAAUGCUGCAGCAUAUGCAAAAUCUUGUACGUGUUAAGUCGGAUCAAAUGGAGGCAUUGCUCAGGGAAAAUGAGACUCUUCGAGCGCAGGUUGCUGCCCUGAAUGCUCAAUUAAAUAGCCAGUCUAAUGUCGAUAAUCAAUCGCUGGUUAACGAGAUUAGUAUUCAUUAUGACGAAAACCGUCGGCUCAAGCAAAAGCUAUUGGAUAUUGAGCAGUCACUGAAUGAAGCGAAUGUCGCCAUAAGGCACCGCAAUACAGUGAUUGCACAGUUGCGUCAGGAGAUUCAGCUACAGAAGAAGAAUACGAUGCCUAUUUUCGACUCCAACGGCUCAAGCCUCGACAGUAUGUCGCUCUGUUCCUCCGAAUCUGUUACCUCGUUUGGAAGUGCCCAUUCUGGUUCAUCAACCGAUACUGUUGUGAAACGCACCGUAUCGCCUGCCAUGCGCACCAGUUUGGAUCGAUUGACAGAAGUGAGCGAGCUAGAAACGGAGCAACUACAACAUCUUAAGGAGGAGCUGGCAGAAAUGGGCACUCGACUGGUAGAACUGCAGUCUAUUAAGCAAUCUCAGGAUGAAAUUAUUGCCCAACAAUGUGACAAGCUGCAGUCUACGGAGAGUGAAUAUCGGAUUCUGCGAGAUGAGUAUGAAAAUAAUGAAAAAAGAUUGGCUAUGAUUCGCACGGAGAUUGUGAGACUGAUCAAAGUACUUAGGGAAACAACCAAAGAUCAUUUCCCACUACCACAGAUUUCUUGCAUAAUCGAGGAAUUAGUUCCUCAAACAGUAUUUAAUUUGGAAGACGCUCCAUCUGAAAUCUUCGAAAAUGACAGUUUGAUACUAGAAUCUUUGCAACAGCACCUCAACAGUAUUACUCGCCAUUAUUUACUAACGAUCGCGGAACAAAAAGAACUGAAGAGAGAUAUAGCAGCUCUACAGCACGACAAACGCAAGCAAGAUGAUUUGAUAGAGAAUCUCAAUAAUGGUCUCCUAGUGGCAAAGCGUGCCAGCUUGCUGGAUUCUCAAAGGGUCGUCCUUCAAGCCGAACCAAGCCGUGAGUCCACCGAAUCUUUCGCCGCGCAGCGGAUGCAAAUGCAGAACGCAUUGCGAGCCGUGGCCGAGGAAAUCGCCUAUCUGCUAGGAAACGAUUUGCCAGACGAUACCUUAAGCUCGUUUUCGGAGCUGGAUGCAACGCCUCUGCACUGUCUAAUUGAAAACUUGAAGCAGGAAAUCGAGGCGAAAGAUUCACUGCUUCAAAGAAAUGCUGACAUUAUCGGCCAGCUGGAACAAGCAGUUUCUGCCAAGGAACAAGAACUUUAUCGAGUGCGAUUACGGCAGGAUUCGGUGGAAAGAGAGCGAUUGAGUUAUAAUAAGAGGAUUGAGAAUUUGCAACGAGCGUUGCGAGACCAUGAUGAAACGAUUGGAAAGCUUAAACAGCAAAACCAUGGCCUCGAGCAGCAGCUGGAUGACAUGAAGGAAACUCUGAAUUCCUACAAGGAAAACAUUCAACGUACCAUCGAAGAGAAAGGCCGAGUGGAAGAUGAGUGCAAAAAUCAACUGGUGACCAUUUCCAACCUACGUACCGCACUUGAGGAAACAAAGCGCAACAGUAGCUCCUCCGUUAACCAUUUGAAAGAGGUAAUUGAAACUUUACAGUCGCAGGUUUCAAUGCUCAGCGAGCAGCUGAAUCAUGCUUUUCGGGAGAAUCUCACCAAGGACACCGAACUCGACCAGUAUCGUGACUCGAAUCUACAGUUGCGUUGUCAAAUAUCGGAGCUGACUUGCGAUUCAAUCGAGCUUAAGGACCUGGUAGCCCUGCUGGGUACAAAACGGGAGCUCGAAGAACAAAAGCAACGUCAUGUGCAGCAGAUGAAGAACGAGUUAAACAGCCUACAAGCUCAGAUGGUGGACGUUCAGAAGGAAAUCAUUUCCCGACAGCGUGACCGGGAUUAUUUAAGUUACUUCCGGAAAAAGUGUGCCGAAAUGGAUGCGGAGCAUCAGCAGGAACUGCAACGGAUGAGGGACGAAAUUGAGUCCCUAAGCGUACAAUUAGGGAGCUGUAACGAGCAGACUAUUCAACAUGAACAGUGGUUGCAGGAGUCGAACGAACUGCAAAAUACGGUCGCGGAAUUGGAAACCCACAAUGAUAUCCUCCAGAAGGCUAUGCAAUCCUACGGGGAUUCGAUUGAACAGUUGCAGCAGGAGCUCAGCGCUAUGAAAUUUCAGUGCGAAAAUCUUACGAAAGAUGUGAGCACUCUAAAUUCUUCGUGUAGUGAGAAGGAUAGCAAAAUCAUUAGUUUAAACGCUGAAAAGGAAAAACUGUUAGCUGACCUUAGCUUGCACAAGCGAAUGUGUAAGUGUGGAUUUAACAACAGUCUAAAAGAGAGAUCCAAAACUCCCGUGUCACAUUCAUUGCAAAAACAGGUAGUGCAAAAAACACUGGAAGCGACCAAGGCGGCUGACGCACUCAAGCAGAAAACUUUUGAAUUUAAAAAGUUGGAAACUCAAUACGUCGAGGAGAGGGUUCGGCUCACGGAACAAUCCACCGAGUUGUUCAUACAGAUCGGUAAACUGAAGGGCAAAAACUCAAAUCUGGAGCAGUGUUUAUCGCACAAGGAGGAUCUGAUAGAACGGUUACAGCAAAACCUGCGAGACGUUAACCAACGUUUGGCUGCCAAAUCCGAAACCGCUCAUAAUAUGGAAACGAAAAAUGCCAAUUUAUCUCAGCUGUUAGAAAAGUUUCGCGAAGACUCCACGGUUCGGGAGAAAAAGCUGACGGAAGAACUGAACAGCAUCCGGAGAAGCUCACAGGAUCACAAAAAUCAACUGCAACACUGUGAGAAUCAGUUGGUGAACUAUCGGAAAGAGCUGGAAACGCUGCGGGAGAAAGCAGAUGACUUAUUGAAAGAGCGAGACACCCUCAGACAGCAGGCUCAGGACUUCGGCGAAAAAUUGGAAUGCUCUGCAGGAAAAGAAAGUGCCCUCUGUGAAGUGUUGAAAAAACUCGAAGAGGAGGUUUCCUUUAAAUCGAAACGUUUAGCGGAAGUGGAGGCAGACUAUCGUGAAAUCUACCAGGCGUAUCAACAUUUAAAAGGGUUUAAUGAGGAUCUUGUCAAACAGAGUCAAAUUACGCGAAUCCAGCAGGACAACUAUCGGAAAUUGGUGGAGUUUAAGAGGCAGACGCUCAACACGCUUGAGCUGGGACGAAAGUGCGCCGAGGAGUCGCGAAACCGAGAACGGGUUUUCCAGCAGCGAAUCGAAGAACAAAAACGGAUGAUUACGAAACUCAAGGAGGAUCGCAUUAAGAUCAUGGGAAAACUGUACGAAUACCACAGGGACUCGGUAAUACUUACUCGAAAGUUGGAAGAUUAUCACCAUAUGUGCAGUGAAAGUCACAGAACAAUAAGCACCUCGUUGCACCAACAAUUCUAUCCGGAAGCUUACAAGUUGGUCAGAUCGAAUAGUGAUCCGGUUUGCAGAGAGAAUGACGAACUGUUUCGUAAGAUGGAGUUUACGAGCAGUCGAAUUCAACGGACCAGACAAUUUUGGCAACAGGGGAUGCGGGAGAUUCUAGCGCCCAAAUAGUCCGCUUCAGUGCGAUUUCGUUUUGGUAACGUUAGGGACCCAGAAUGCAUUUUAUCUAGAGUAGCUGAUUUGUUUAAAAUCUUUUGUACUAGUUUAUUUUUUAGUAUUUCACAUGUAAAUGGAAUUGUUUUCUAA